GCACGAGGCAGACGGUACCAAAACAUUGAAACAACACGCUGGCAGCGGCAUGGUAUGGUGGCUGUGACCUGUGUGUGGCUGUUGAGGGGCGCGACCAUUGCUCACAAUUAGAACACUGAUCCCUGAACCGAAGUAGCAUACAAGAGGAAAGAAAAAAAAAGUGGUCAGACUGCACUAGGAGUUGAGACAAAUCCUUGGGAGCAGCAUAGGAGGCGUGAUGGUGGCGGUGCAGGACAGUAGGACGCCCCAGCGGCCUGCCAUGAAUGUUCCCCGGCACGUGCUGGACGCCUUCGAUGGCCUAGUGGCGAGUGGGGACAAGGAGCGAACAGCCGCGGCAAUGCUAAUCCUGCAGCACGUGGAGGAAGUGCUGCGGGGAGAGGGACAGGGGAAGGAGAUACCAGCAGGUGUGAAGUACAUCGUGAACAGGCUGGUGUCUGGCCUUGCCUCCACCCGCCUGAAGGCAAGGGAAGGCUACUUCUCCACCCUCUGCUACCUCCUCCGCCUUCAUCCAUCUUUCUUCACACCUCAGUUUGUCCUCUCCCUCCUGACAAACAAGAAAUCUUCUACCAUGAAAGGUGUCACCAAGGAUGAAAUUCGGGACCAACUUUUAGCUGAGUUGCUGCUGUGCGGUGCAGUAGUGCGGUCAGGUCGUGCUGUGGGUCCUGAGGUGCUGCAGCGGGUGGUGAACACACUGUGUGCCAUGCGGGCCAAGAAGAGCUACCUGGACAUCACCGCCUCACAGUUCCUUGUCAACCUGAUGGAGAAUUGUGAUGGAGACAGCAUGCAUGCAGUGGUGUGGGAGAGUCUUCAGGCCGAGCUGAAGGGCCCUGUGGAGGAGCUGUCACCAAGCCAGCUGUGGAUACGACUGGUAUUGCUGAGGAAACACCGUGCAUCACCCCCUGUUUGGCUCACCUCUACGGUGGCACCCAAGAAUCAUGAGGCACUCGUCCAGACACUCAUGAAAACCACAUUUGAUCUGCCAAAAGUCCAUCCAGUUGUAGAGGAGUUGGUGACCAACCUGGCAGCAUCCCGGGCCGCCUCCUCCUCCUUGCUGGCAAAGUUCUGGCAAGUGAUCCUGGAGCCGCUGCAGGGAAACACUUCUCCAGCAAAACUGCAGAUCCUUUUCCAGCUCCUGAGAUUCAUGGUGCCACUUUUGAGGACUGCAUCAGAGUUCCGGGAGGUGGUGACACCCUCUGUUGUGGCGCUGCUGCUCAAUUCCCUCACCCAGCAUGUUCAGGACCUGAAAAAUGCCGCCAGAGGGGUCACUGCUGUCUUGGUUCAGCUGGUCAAGGACAGUCAGCAGGAGGAUGGUGAGGUGCAGCUGGCAGUGGUGAGGGCACUGGUCACCCCACCAGGCAGUGUGAGGUUUGACCAGCUGACAGGACACAAGGUUCUGGCACUGAUGGUGCCACACUUCACCCUCAAGACUCUCAAGGGCUUCACCAAGACCCUCCUAGAGGUGGUGAAUAAGCCGGCCAAGGAUUUGGAGGUGGCCAACAAGAACUAUGCAGCCCACAUCAUUGGCAACCUGUUAACACAGCCCAAAGCAUGCACACCUGAGGCAGCAACCUGGAAGAAAAACCAACUGAUGGCACUCCUGAAGACAGUGAUCCUCUCACCAGGGAAGGAGGAAGGGGACACCUCUAAGGAUGCUUUCUUCAAGGCUCUUGGUAAGCAGGUGGGGCACAUCAGGGAAUACUGUAGGAUCCUGCUGAGUCUGGUGGAGGAGGUGGACCAGGAGCUGAAGAUACUGGAAGCUACUGAUUCCCCCUCUUGCCUGAGUGGUGAUGGGAAGGAGCAUUGGGCACUGGUCAUCUCUAGGCUGGCAACCCUCAAGGAAAAAGAGUGUGAGGAGGGAACAGAAACAGAGAUAGCCAAGACUGUCUUUCAGGUGUUGACGUGAUGGUGGCCAAGGAAAGCAUCACAGAGUUCAUCACAUGCCACAAAGAGGUGAAGAAACUUGGCAUGCUGAAGGACAACAAUGAUGAAGAUGAAGAUAAUGAUGACGAUGAGGAAGAAGGGCAACCUAACUGGGUGGAAGUGGUGACGGAGCUGCUGCUAAGCCUGAUGACACAGGAGAUGCACCUCUUCCGCAGUGUUGUGCAGGGACUCUUUUGGCUACUGACACCCCUGAUGACAGCCACAGCACUCAGCCUCCUUACUGAUGUCCUGGAUACUGAGAAGGCACGGGAACUGGUGAAGAAGGAUGGUGGACGUGGACAUGGACACAGUGCCUCAGGAGGAGUUGGAUCGCCUGGACGAGCGUCUGGGUGCCCUGCUGGCUGAGUACCGAGGGAAGCAUCCCACUAGGAAGAAGAGGAAGAAGGUCGGUGGUGGCAAUGAUGGCCC